AUCUUUGGUCAAAAUAUAAUGGAAUGACAUUUAAAAGUUUUUUUUGGGGGAUUUUCGCGCGCAAACUUAAUUUUUCUGAGAAAAUAUUUUUCAUAGAAGGAAAGAAGGAUUCUGUUUAGCCAGUCCCUCCAACCACUUCCAAUAUGUGUAGCUCAUCAGUUAUCAUAAUAUGUAUAACAUUGGAGCCAAUGUUGUCACGUCUCCAGUCUUACUUAAACCAGUCUGAGCUAAACAGCUCUGAACGUGGCUCCCUAAAAUAUGUGAAUUCUCAAAUUAAUUUAAAAAAUUUAAAUAUGAUGAUUUGUAGUUAAAGUGAACUUUUUGUUAUCUGCGUUUAAAUGUGUAAUCGAUGAAUAUCUAGUCCUGAAUUUUUAUUCGAAAAAAAAACAGUCAUAAUAAUGCAACAAUUGUGGAAGAUUAUUGAGUUACUUUUAAUUUUGAAAGUAACAAUUAUUUACUGUAAUAAUUGCCAAAUGCUAAAUUAUAAUCAUAAAUGUCAAUGUUCUCCUCUCAAAUCAGAAGGAUAUAAUUUAAAUUGUUCUAUUAAUUCGACAAGAAAUGAAAUAGACAUCAGAAUUGAAUAUUUUCCUGAGGAAAUCUUCAGAAUAUUUUGUCAAAAUAAUGACAAUUUAUUAUACUUCGAUCACAAUAUAAGUUCCAUUGUGAAAAAUACGAAAAAUAUAUCAAUAUUAGAUUUACAUAAUUGUCAUUUCGAGGACAUUAAAAUAAAAAAUAUCGCUUCAUUGUUGGGAGUCGAAAAUUUUGAGACUCUUCAAAUUUUCAACGAUAAAAGAACGACUUUUGGGACAUUGCACAAAAAUCAGAUUCAUGAUUUACCGAAUUUGAAAAAACUAGAAAUAUCUGAUACUCGUUGUAAUAGUUUAGACGAAGAUUUAUUGGAAUUCAUACCAAAUAUUACAACAUUAAUUCUCAGAAAUGAUCAAAUAAAAUCGAUUCCAAAAAAUUUCUUUCAAUUUACUCCUAAAUUGAAAAUUAUUGAAUUCGAAAGUAAUAAACUUAAAAUGUUCGAAAACGGGACAUUUAGUAAUCUGAAGGAUUUAUUAUUUCUUAGUCUCUGGCAAAAUGACUUAACGAAUUUGAAUAGUCAUAUUUUUGACGAAUUGAAUUCUAUAGUAGAAAUUAAUCUUUCCUCCAAUAAAUUGAUAACGUUACCAGACGGCAUUUUUCACAAGAAUUUCAAUUUAAAAAUAAUCAAUCUCUCGCGCAAUUUGUUGCAAAAUUUACCGGCUAAUAUAUUUUAUGGAUUAAACAAAUUGGAAAGUCUUGAAUUAAGUGAUAAUAAAAUUGAAAAUUUAAAUGACAAACAUUUUGAUUCUUGCAUCAAUUUGAAAUACUUGAAUAUCAAUAACAACAAUAUCGUUACAAUAUCAAAGUUCACAUUUUCAAAACUUGCAAAUUUAGAAACCUUAUUUAUGAACAAGAAUAAAAUAAUAAACAUUGAUAAAGAAGCAUUCAACGCUUUGCAACACUUGAAGAAAACGUAUUUUGCUUUCAAUAAUUUAACUACAAUGUCUGUAAUAGAAUACGACAGCAAAUCCUUAUUCAAUAAAUGUAAAGAAUUAGAACUACUGGAUUUAUCGUACAAUAAAAUACAAUUGUUGUGUGACGACUGGACCAGAUUUCCUGGACAUCAUUUCAACUUUCUCAAUCUCUCUCAUAACGAUAUAAGUUCCUUGACGGUGGAUGAUUUAGAUAUUAAAAAUCAAAAAGAUUUUACCGUAGACUUAUCUUAUAACAAGAUAACGACUGUCGAUCUGAAUGAUCCAUUUAAUGAGAACUUUGAAAAACGUUUCAAUGAGGAAUAUCGAAGCACAGUUGUGUUAUUACUGAAUAAUAAUCCAAUUAAGUGUGACUGUGCUUUGUACGACUUUUUACGAUAUUUGGAUGGUUCAAUGAUGAAUGUGCGAGAUACAUUAAAAAUAAACACUGGACCAAUGAAGUGUUCCGAUUCGAAAAAAUACGAGGAUAUUUUAUUGUCGGAAUUGAAUUCCAAGAGUUUCGAGUGCAUUCCGCCGAUGGAGGAAAUUAACGAUUUUGAAAUGUGUCCUCAAGAAUGUGAUCAGUGGACGAGACCGUCAGACAAAACAUUUAUUUUCAAUUGUUCUUACAGAAAUCUCAAUCAAGCUCCAGAAAGUUUGUGCUCAUUAAAAAGCAAGGGAUAUGUCAAAGAACUUGACCUCACUGGGAAUAAUAUAACAAUUAUUCCAAACCUUCAACAAACUGGUUACAAUAAUUUAUCGAGGCUCACAUUGUCACAUAAUCAAAUUUCAACCAUUUCCACAAAUAUACUUCUUAACGUUACACUUCAGAAAUUGGAACUUGACAACAAUCAGCUAACAUCAAUAAAACCGGAGGCAAUUGAGGAAUUGAAAUUAUCGGUGAAAAGGAUAAAACUUGGAAAUAAUCCAUGGCAAUGUGAUUGCGGUGCAAAGAGUUUGCAUAAUUUCACCAGUGCAAAAAAUACCACGGUCGAAGAUGAAAGGAAUAUAAUUUGCAAGAAUUUUAACAGAAUGCUGACAAAAAUCACAAUUGACGAGUUGUGUCCAUCGAAUCUCGAAUUAAUUGUCACUGCAAGUGUAUUUAUUGCAAUUUUAGGACUGAGUUUCGGUCUCAUUGCUGCAUUUUACUAUCGUUAUCAGCAGGAGAUCAAAAUCUGGCUUUACGCGAAGAAUCUUUGUCUGUGGUUCGUCACCGAGGAAGAAUUGGACAAGAACAAGCCGUACGACGCAUUCAUAAGUUAUUCCCACAAGGACGAAGAAUUUGUCAUCAAUGAACUUAUGGCGAAUCUGGAGAAAGGACCGAGAUCCUUUAAGCUCUGCGUUCACUUCAGGGAUUGGCUUGCAGGCGAAUGGAUUCCAUUUCAAAUCGCAAGGUCCAUCAGGGACUCGAGGAGGACAAUUGUCGUGGUCUCGCCGAAUUUCAUUCAAAGUGAGUGGGGCAAAUUGGAAUUUCGCACUGCUCAUAAAGAAGCUCUAACCGAGGGAAGGGCGCGAAUUAUCGUUAUCCUGUACGGUGAUAUCGGACCUGUUGAUAAAUUGGAACCAGACCUGCAAUCGUAUUUGACUAUGAACACUUAUGUGCAGUGGGGCGAUCCGUGGUUCUGGAAUAAACUUCGUUAUGCAUUGCCCCACAAAUCGGACGCAGUUUACAACCCAUCGAAAUACAAGAAUUUCAACAAGGCGCAUACUGUUGUUCCGUUGAAUUUCAAAAAACUUGAGGUUGAAAAAUUUCCCGAAAGUGGCUUGGCACCACUAAAUGGAAAUGCAAAAAUAGUCAUCGACAUGAGUGACGAUGAGUGUAAUAAAUUAAAUACCCGGUUCUAAAUUUUACUGUUUUCAGUAUAAGGAAAAAUCAAAUGACUUUUUUAUUAACAGAAUUUUUAUAUACAACAAUUUUGAUUUAACGUAAUUUCUAAUGAAUUAAAAUUCUUAUUUUACGUGAUAAUUGUAAAUAUGUAGAUAAUAGGCGGCCAGUAGACAGAAUUAAAUUUUUAUAUUUUCUUAAUGUCUACUUGUCUGGAAAUAUCAGUCCGUUAGCCGAAUAACUCGCUAGAUUGCUACUGGCUUGACCAUUUUUAGGUCAUUAGAAGAAGCACUGUUUUUAGUUGUACAUGAAAUGAAAUAGCGUUUAAUUUUUUUUACUUUUCGCUAAUUAAUGUAAAUAUUAGUAUUUGUAUAUGAAAAUAAUAUAGCUAAGUAAAAUACUUUUAAAAAUAAACUUUAGUUUUUAAUGAAAUUUUCUUCGAUACAUUCAGAAAAAUGAGUUAUUUGGCCAACAGCCUGACUUAUCUCGGCCUGUACAUACAAGUUAAAAUACUCGACUUAUGGCCAUCGAACCAUAAUAAUAUUUUUAUAAAAAUGAGACUGAUAUAUAAAUGUGUAGAUAUUAAUUAGGUAUAUUUUUACUAUUUUACAUAAAACAUGUGAUAUAUACAUAAAUGUUAAUAUUUCAUUAAAAAUACUUGUAAAGUAAA